AUGCCGCGCUUCGUUUUAAAACUUCUGGCAUCAGUGGCGUUGGCCAUAGGAAGCGUUGCCGCGGUAGACAACGGCGUGUUGAUGGGCGAGGCGUUCGGUGGCCCUCACGGUGUCAAGUACUCUGACCUCGACUUGGUUAGCCCGGGACAAACAGUGCAAGUCAUUACGAUCCGCUCCGGUGAACGCGUCAAUGGAGUAGGCCUCGAUAUCACUGAUCCAUCGGGACAAAAGACUACCUUGUACCAUGGAGGUCGAGGUGGUGACGAGAGCACCCUCUCUCUUGAAGCGGGUGAAUUCAUCACUGGUAUCGAGUAUCACUGGGGUGAAAAGGGCCACCGCACGCGCAUCAAGUACAUCAAGUUCACUACGAACAAGAAUCACAGUAUCUCCGGAGGUCUCCCUACGGAGAAUAUUGGCAAAGAUUCAGCUCCCAAGGGAUAUCAACUGGGUGGUUUUUUCGGCUACUGUGCCAAGGAGCUCGACUCGGCAGGUGCCAUUUGGACGAGCAAUACGCCCGUGGUCUAA